AUGUCACGGUCAAGUACCGGCUCAGAUGGGUUACAGCCUUCUGGUGUACUCAGUCAUGAGGCCAUGAAGGGGCGAUUCUCUCUGCGAUAUAUUCUUGGCUCGGGGGAAAAUGAAAGACCAGAGCGGCAUGAAGGCGACCACAGCGGCUCGCUCGACGAUCCGAUCCGUUUGGGCCUGAUCAAUAUAUCUAUUGCCCAGUGUCUAUUUGAUCACUUCAUCACCGUCUUCAAUCCCUAUAUUUCUCAGCUUGACCCUGCCCUGCAUACCUUUUCAUACGUGCGCCGGAAAUCGUCAUUUUUGCUAAGUACGAUCCUCGCAAGCUCGGCGAAGGCUUUCAACCCAACGUUCUAUCCCAAACUUCACGAACAUGCCGAAUCCUUAUUGGCCAAAAAUUUUCUAAGUGGCAUUAAAACUACGGAAAUAGCCCAGGGGACUCUUAUCCUAACGUAUUGGAAGGAGCCUCGCGAUACACGGGCCUGGGUCCUACUUGGUUACGUGAUCAGAAUGUGUACAGACAUGGGAUGGCAUAAGUUCCUUCCUUCUCAAUCACAAAAUCACACAAUGAGCGAAAGCGAAAGGCGAGAAACUCGAAAUAAAGAAAGAACUUGGUUUCUUUUGUUUGUUUACGACCGGAGCAUGAGUCUACAGACAGGUCGGCCUUGGAUGAUUGAGCGUGACGAGUUCAUUGAGUCGAUAGAGACAUGGUGCAACGAUCCGCUCGCGACCAGGCAUGAUCCUCUCCUGGGAGCAUUUGUUACCUUGAGAAUAUUGACCUCCGAAGCAGUCAGAUUAUUAAAUCCUCAAAGCUGGGAAGGCAAAAGAGCCAAAAUGCAAGGAAUUGAAUUGCAGUUGGACUUUAUUAAUACACGCAUUAGGAAGUGGGAAAAGCAAUGGACUCGAAAGAUCAAGGCCUUAUCAACCAGUGAAGAAAACUGUCACGAAUUCUUGAUACGCUUUUAUGGAUCUCAUAUAAUACUUCAGCUCUCUUCGUUACCACUGCAAGUCAUGCUGAGUUCUGGUGCUUCUGAGGCUUCACUUGACUUGGGAACAUUCUGGAUGGCAUACUCGAGUGCGCUAUCAAUGCUCAAGCUCAUAUCAGACUUCUCGGCACAUAUUUACUUUGUUCAGGACUCGAUACAUGUGAUGAAUGCAUAUAGUGGUGCAUUCCUCGUGAAGUUGGCUCACGCCGUACCCGAAACAAUUGCGAAACAGAUAAGACCUGAGAUAAUAAAAGCGAUUCGCGAAGCAACCGCGGCCUUUUCCAGCCAAGGAGCGCCCGAUGGGUCUACUUGUGUUCUACAGGCCCAAUUCCUAGGCAAAAUUGCGGCAAGACUAUCUGAAAUGGAUACUCCAAGACAAAAUGACCCCAUUCUUACAGAUUUGAAUAUUUUCAAUGGAAGACUUGACACCGUUGAAACCCCGAUCCGUGACGGUCGGUUUUUCAAGAACGGCACACAGGAAGCCUCCCAACAAUAUGAUAUGGCAGCGGCAGGAGCAUCGCUCCAAGAGCCAGAAGCCUUUAUGAGUGACGAUUAUUGGGCACAUGUGUUUGCAAGUGCCGGGUUCAAUACUGACGAUGGAAUAUUCCUAGCUUAG